UUUUUUUUUUUGUUUUGUUUUGUUUUUCGUUUUUUUGGCCUGGUGCCUAAUAGAGUGCCUUACAUAAAGUAUGCAAUCAGGAACUGCUUGGUAAAUUGCAACUUUCUUAUUCUAACAUUAUACAAUAUCUAUUAUUUAUAGUAUCAACAGGUACUGAAGUAUUGAAGUAUUGAUUCUGUACAAGAUACACUAGUAUAUCAUAACUGUAUUAACUGUGUAUAAGUUGUAUGGACCACUCUCUUUAUAGUUUGAGGGGGUGUAUGGAGGAUGGAAUAUUUAUAAACAAGGUCAUUAGUUUCUUUCCUGACAGGAAAAACUAAGUAUUUGGAUUUCUGUUUUAUUAUUGUUCAUAAACAAUGUUCUUUGUGUAAGGAGUACUUUAAAAGGGUUGCCAACAUUUGAAUAGCAGACACACUUUCUCUCUAAACUUUGUAUUUUGCUUCCACUGGUAACUCCUUCAGACUAAUUAUUAGGAAUUCUAAACCACCUGCAGAUAAUACUGAAUCUGUCUUUUCUAGGAAGCAACAGGACUUUUGAUGGGUGGUAACGACACAGGACCUGGCCUGGAAAUUCCGGGAACUGCUUGUCUUGAAUCCUCUUUAAUUUGGUAGUAAAUGCCAUUGACCGGCAAUGCUACAGAUACUCCUGCUUUCAGGAGUUGCUCAUUCUGAUGCAAGUCAGAAUAAUAAUGUAAACUUGGUCCCAAGUGCUUUCAAAGGAUCUUUUCCUGUUGUCCUUAGAAGCCUGGCCUUAUCUCCAUUUUACAGAUUAGGGAACUGGCUUAUUGGGAAACCGGGUUGCAUAUUUGUAAGUGGAAGAACUCCAUAUCAGUCUAGCACUACUAGGCUGGCUUUGGAGCCCCACCUCCCUGUUUUUUUUUUUUUAAUUUAUUUAUUUAUUUUUAUACGAGUACACUAUAGCCAUUCACAGACACACCAGAAGAGGGCGUUGGAUCUCAUUACAGAUGGUUGUGAGCCACCAUGUGGUUGCUGGGAAUUGAAUUCAGGACCUCUGGAAGAGCAGCCAGUGCUCUUAACCUCUGAACCAUCUCUCCAGCCCCCACCUCCCUGUUCUUGUUAGUUGUUUUGUUUUAUUUGACAAGUUAUAAUGUAGCUCUGGCUGUUCUGGAGAUCAUGCUGUAAACCAGGCUGGUCUUAGAACUCAGAGAGCCACCUGCCUCCGCCUCUCCAGUGUUGGGAUUAAAGGCGUGUGCCACCACACUUAGCCUCAUCGUCAAUUAUAAAUAAUACACUGACUAUAUACAAUUGUUAAUAUUAAAACAGUGCACUAAAAUACCUGUGGCAGAUCCCUGCAUCUUGGUGCUCAAUACUAUCAUUGAUGUGUUUUAAUAACUCAUGAUGCUGAGAUUCAGUCCUUAUAAUUUUAAGGUCUUUUCUGUUUUAGUAUACUAGAUAAAAACUUUGAAAACAAGAAUUAUCAAAUUGCAGAAAUCAAAUUGCCAUAUUGAUGUUUAUUGGUUGGAAGUUCCAUUAUUGUGAGAGCAGAAGGACCAAGCAAUGCCUUUAGGAAGUGAGGCCAAACUUCAUGUUCUCCAUUCUGCUUUUCUUCCCAUUCUCACCCUAUCUGUCCAGCAGUCAGAAUGUCUGUCCUCAAGCUACAAGCUCCCAAGUGUAGUAUCUAAGUGGUUUCAUUCUGAGUAUCCAAUAGCUAUGGUCUUGGUAUCUCAAUGGUGGGACUUCUAAGCUUUGCAUUAAGUUAACAGUUCCAAGGACUGGUAGAAUUCAAAUUUAAUUUAUCUUAAAUGUAGAUUUACAAAAUCCAAACUAUAAGUAAACCAUACGUAUUACAUCUUGGGAAACAUUAAUGCAAAUAUUUCAAUGAUUAAUGAAAAAUUUGAAAUUCUGCAUUGGAGACACACAAGCUAUGUUGAAUUAGUAAUAGUAAUAUGUGUUUUAACCUUGAUUUUGCUCACUGCCACUCUUAUAUUAAAGUUAAAACUUACAGAAAUUAGUUUUAAGAUUUAGAAAUGUUAAAUUUAAAAAAGUCAUCUCAAUCAGUUUUGAUUCAUCCAUCCCUUGGUAUACCAGGACUCCCACAGAAUCCCAAAUUGACAAAUGCUCAAGUCCCUUCUAAAAAUGACACAUAUCUUACACACAUCUCUCAGUCUACAUCACAUCAUCUCUGGAUUACUUACAGUAGGUACAUAAAAUGUAAAUUCUAUGUAAAUAGUUAUUACAUUGUAUUUAGGGAAAUUUUAAGAAAUAUGUAAAUGUUCAGUGUCGAUACAGUUUUUAAAUUACGGAAAAUAUAUUCCAAACGUCAGUUAGUUGGGUCUGUGGGUGUGCAGCCCGAGCUUGCACAAAGCAACUGUCCUUUGAUAAGCACUCAGCAGGUUCCCUUUUGGGAUUUCUUGGUGUGCAAUCCAGAAAGUAAGUUAGACAUUUCUUCAACAGAGUUGUUGGCGGUCACAUCUGACUUUAGAUAUUUGCUAUUACCAACAAAUAAUGCAAGUACAGAAAACUCACCUCCUCACCUAGUCCUAGCUUAGAAGACACCGGUAAGCCAGGCUAGAAAAGUGCUGCUUUACUGGAAUGAGAACAGAGUAAGGACAUUUCCCAAAGGCUCCUUGUGGUGGUCCACUCCUAUGCUUUACUUGUUUGAUGUUCCUCGGAACAUCACUUAAAUAAAAGUUGUGUAUGUGCUUAUGGGGGAGGGGUGAGUUUAUGUGCUAGUGCUUAAUUUAGUGAUCAAAAUCUGACCAGUGUCUUUUGUAUAUCCCCUAAGCCAUGGGUUCUCAUCCGAUUCUAGAAAAGACAACCAUAAAAAGUGAGAGACUAACAACUCAAGUUUAAAGUGAUACACCGAUUUUGUGCCUCGCUUCUUGCUGAAGAAAUUCAAGUUCCCCGGGCACAGUGUGACCUUCAGUUGUGGGCACUGAAGUACACGUGCCUAGCUUGCCACGCAGCAGGGGCUUGAUGCAGACACCUGGGCUAACACCUGGGCGGCAUUUUCACACCUGCCCCUGGCAGCUUUGGUUUCUCGGCGUCCGCACAGUGGCGGCUUCCCAUUCAUGCUCCAGCUACUGUGCAGCCGCCUGCGAGCCCAGAGCGAAGCGCUGGUGUCGGGGCUCCGGAGGAAGGGCCUGGGCGACGCUUUCGUCGCUGCGCCGGGGCCGACCGGCAGGCUCUUCCAUAGGUGGCUGCGUUUCCGACUUCGCCCUGGCUCCACUCCGGGGGCUUGACGUGCAAACUUCGCCGGAGCGAGCAGAGAGGGAGGGACCGGCGAGGGGGAGGAGGCGACAGGAGGCGCCUCCGCUUAAGGGAGCCGGCCGGGCGCCGCCGCUCGGACGGACGCGCGGACGGAAGGAAGGAGCGGGGCUGCGGGCCGGGCCGGGAUGCGAGCGCCCGCAGGGAGCGGAAAGAAUGUCGGAGCGGGCCGCGGAUGACGUCAGGGGGGAGCCGCGCCGCGCGGCGGGCGGAGCAGCGGCCGCCCGGCAGCAGCAGCAGCCACAGCCUCUGCAGCUCCAGCGGCAGCACCCGCCGCCGCGGCGCCCACGGCCGGAGGACGGCGGCACCGGGGCCGCCACUACCUCGGCCGCCGCCAUGGCGACGGUGGGGGAGCGCAGGCCCCUGCCCAGUCCCGAAGCGAUGCUGGGACAGUCGUGGAAUCUGUGGGUGGAAGCUUCCAAACUUCCUGGGAAGGAUGGGACCGAAUUGGAUGAAAGUUUCAAGGAGUUUGGGAAAAACCGCGAAGUCAUGGGGCUCUGUCGGGAAGAUAUGCCGAUCUUUGGUCUCUGUCCCGCACAUGAUGAUUUCUACCUGGUGGUGUGUAACGACUGCAACCAAGUUGUCAAACCACAGGCAUUUCAGUCUCACUGUGAGAGAAGACAUAGCUCAUCUAGCAAGCCUCCCUUGGCUGUUCCUCGCACUUCAGUAUUUUCGCUCUUCCCAUCUCUGUCCAAAAGCAAAGCCGGUGGUGCCGGUGGUAGCAGCCGGCCUCCUGGUGGAGGGGUCCUGUGCGCAUCCUCAAGCUCCAAGUUACUCAGAUUGCCCAAAGAGAAACUUCAGCUCAGGGCGAACAUGAAGCCCAUGCAUCCCAUGCAGCAGACUAAAGUCCCCCAUGGAAGAGUCAGCAUGACACCCUCUGUGAAGGUGGAAAAGAUGCACCCGAAGAUGGACGGCGCACUACUGAGGUCCACAGUAGGGCCAGCCUGUCCCGCUCCUGUGAGCUCUGCAGUCAAGCCUGGCCUUAGCUGUCCCUCCAUACCAAAGCCAACCUUGCCUUCACCUGGACAGACUCUGAAUGGCAAAGGGCUUCCUGCAAUGCCCACUCUGGAAAAGAAACCUGAAGACAGUUCUAAUAACAGGAAGUUUUUAAAUAAGAGAUUAUCAGAAAGAGAGUUUGAUCCUGACAUCCACUGUGGGGUCAUUGAUCUGGACACCAAGAAGCCCUGCACCAGGUCUUUGACUUGCAAGACACAUUCCUUAACCCAGCGGAGAGCUGUUCAGGGCAGAAGAAAACGAUUUGAUGUGUUAUUAGCCGAGCACAAAAACAGAACCAGGGAGAAGGAGCUGAUUCGCCAUCCCGACUGUCAGCAACUACCACACCCACUCAGGGACCCGCAUCCUACCCCUCCUAGGACUCUGCCGGAGCCACACCUUCCUGCAGAGUCAAAGCCUUCCUUAGCAAGUAAACCGAAACCUCACACCCCUAGUCUUCCAAGGCCCCCAGGCUGCCCUGCUCAGCAAGGAGGGAGUACCCCUGUCGACCCUCCUCCAGGCCGUGAGUCUCCACACCCACCCUUGCCUGCCACUGAGCCAGCUUCUCGCUUAUCCAGUGAGGAGGGUGAAGGCGAUGACAGAGAAGAGCCUGUUGAGAAACUGGACUGUCACUAUUCAGGUCGUCACCCUCAGCCAGCAUCGUUUUGCACAUUUGGGAGCCGGCAGAUCGGAAGAGGUUAUUACGUGUUUGACUCCAGGUGGAACCGGCUUCGCUGUGCCCUCAACCUCAUGGUGGAGAAGCAUCUGAACGCACAGCUAUGGAAGAAAAUCCCACCGGUCCCCUGUUCCACAUCACCUGUUUCUGCUCGCGUUCCUCACCGGACGAAUUCUGUGCCGACACCACAAGGUGGGGUCAGCUCCUUGGCAGCAGCCACCGUCUCUGCACCUGCAGUUGUGUUGCCAUCCUCCUGCGUCUCCCCAAAUAGCAAGUCGGCACCAGCUCACGGAACCACUCUAAAUGCACAGCCUGCUGUUUCUGGGGCAAUGGAUCCUGUGUGCAGUAUGCAAUCCAGACAUGUAUCUGCUUCAUCCUCAUCCCCCUCCACACCCUCUGGCCUCUCGUCAGUCCCCUCUUCUCCUCUGUCCAGAAAACCUCAGAAAUUGAAACCUAGCAAGUCUGUACGGCCCAAGGAGCCUUCUGCUGUCAGCACUAACUGUCACAGUGCCAGCAGCAGUACCAGUGGUGGCUUAGGGAAAAAACGCAAAAACAGCUCCCCACUGUCAGUUCAUUCUUCUUCCUCUUCGGCCUCCUCCUCCUCCUCUUCCCAUUCCGUGGACUUUUUUAGGAAAAACUGUGUGGCUCACUCUGGGACUCCAUACCUGUCAACAGCACCGUCUUCCCACAGUAUCGGCCUCAACUGUGUGACAAAUAAAACACACUCUGUGAGCCUCCGGCACGAGCCAGUGGGACGGGGUCCGGCCGGUGUGAGCCCUGCAGAGUCCAUCAAGAGGAUGAGUGUAAUGGUGAACAGUGGCGACUCCACUCUCUCUCUUGGCCCAUUCGUCCAUCAGUCCAGUGAACUGCCUGUCAGCCCUCACUCACACACUCCUCUAGACAAACUCAUAGGCAAGAAAAGAAAGUGCUCCCCGGGCUCUAGCACCGUUGGCAGCAGUGGCAGCAAACCUACAAAGGUCGCCAGAUCGCCAGCCAUGAACAGCGUCCACAUGAAGCACACAGGCACCAUCCCAGGGCCACAAGGACUGAUGAACAAUUCCCUCCUCCAUCAGGAUAUCUUCUCUCCUUGCUUACGAACAGGAAUUGCAGCAGCAGCACCCCAGAGCCCUGACUUAAAAACCAAAGGCACGACCCUGACAGCUGACAGUACCACGGGAAGGAAUAAUCCAGACAUUUUUGAAGACAAGUUACACCUCUGCUCAGCACUCUGGACUCCACGAUGCCUUUGAGUCUCUUUUUCUAAACUCCUGUGGACCUUCAGGGUAACCUCUGGCUGUUUGACAAGGAUUUUCCGAAGUUGUGUCUGUAGCAGUGAGUACACAUAAAGGACACUGGAUCAAGUUCAGCCACCAGAUUGCUUUCUCAGUGUUAAAAGUGGUCUGGACUACUUGCUACCCAUCUGUGAGAAGUUUUUGUUUGUGUUUUGUUUUUGUUUUUUUUUUUUUUUUACUUGGAGCAUAUCAUGGAGCCACUCUUGAAGUAGAUUGGCUGGGCAAAGAAUGUUUUGGCAAGAGUGUUUCUGUAGACUCUCCCUCUUUCUCUGCCAGAGUGUUUUUGAACACAUUCUCAUCUGUAAGUCAGUCUCCAGAGGUAGGCACCUUAACUGGAGACUGGAGGCCUUCCAAAGAAAGAGGAGCAAGUUGCAUCCUGAGUAACCUCCUAGAGGAUAUCUGGCUUUAGAGUUUUUUAAUAGCAGUGUUCAGGAAUAGAAAUCUAACGUUGGUUAAUGCAUUAUGACGUAGUAGCCCAGCCCUUUUCAAGUAAUUUGGGAUAAGAAGCUUAUCAAGUUCUUCAGACUUAAGAACUGGCUUGAAGCUGCUGAUGCCUGGAUAUUAAGUUAAAGUAUCUCAGAAGCUUAGUUUUCAUGGUACAAAAGCAUGUGUGAUAAAAAGAGAGAAAGAAAGAGGAAGAAUGAAGAAAAGAAAAAAUGGAGAGAGAGACAAGGAAAACUAGUUUGGUGAUGAGAAGCCAAUUGGGACACUGGACAAUUGGGAGGUAAACAAUUUUCAAGUGAGGCAUAAUCUGUAGGGUUUCCAAAGAGACUGACCUCUCUUGUCACUGCUCAUUUUGAACCGUGUGUCAGGUUGGGGUUAUUGUCUCACUCGGCAUUGCUUUUUAAGAUCUGCCUUUUUAAAAGUUACUAUAAUGUCCUUAAUUUCCCAGGCAUCACUCCCACUUCCACUUUGACUGUUGUUUGGAGAACUAAGUGUAAGUUUCUGCUUCCAGUCCUGCUGUCAUUGCGUCUGCGUCACCGCUUCCUGUCAGCCUUUAGAGGUGCUUAUUUGAAUGCAGGUGGGCUUAGGUGGAGACCCCCCAAGAAAGGGUGGUUGGAGAGCCUUGUGUGCAUGCCGUGGAGAGAAGCAGCUUCGUGAGGGUACAUACUGUGUGCUCACGCACACCCGUCUUUCUGUGACAGUAAUAGCCAUCUUCCUUCAGUGAGUUUUAAAGCCCUCUUCACGAUUUCUCAGCACCCCACUCCCAAAGAAUGCUCAAUGUGUUAAAACAUUGCUUGAAAAGACGUCUACCGGAGAAUUUGGGGAUGAACUAGGGCCACUGUAACAGCUCCUGCUCAGAGGACUGAGUCCUCGGGCUUAGGAAGAGUACAGCAGCAUGGCCAACAGGACAGCCCCCAAGGCUCCUAGUCCUGUCCUGGCCAGUGUCUGGGCAGAGCGCAGUCAUUGCGUUCUUUCCCUACAGUUCUUAGAUUACAAACUUGAGGUUCAGGGAACUUCAGUCAACAACGGGGAGAAUGAGUAGUAAAUACUUGGUUACCAGCCUAAUAAUGUGAAUUGCUACAUUUACUCUUAUUAUGUAAGAACACAAAGACUUUAUGCAGAUACUUUAACUAUAAAUUAAUGGAAAUGUUGAAUUUUUUUAAGGAAGGGAAAACAGAAUCUUAUUCACUUAUUAUGCAAUCAGUCGGUGAAUGUUUUAAAGCUCAUGCUCGAGGAGCUCUAGGCGCAGAUGGGCCAGUGUGGUAAAGUUAGGAGGUCCAUCUGAUUGUCUGUCCUAGUGCUGCGGAAGGAGCAGAGGGAACCCUGGCUCACGGUCAUUACUUGCUGACAAGUGCAAUGGGGUGUGGGGUAGAUUUAUUUUCAGAACCGGGGACUUGAUGGUUAUAAAUUAAGAUGCUUUUAGUGGUUGAGUUUCUAGACAGAUGCUGUUCCGAAAGAUGUGAAUAGGAGCCACGGUAGGAAGUUUAUUCAGAGUAAAGUAGAUAGUACUUAGGUUAAUGAGCGCUAUAGCUUGAUCCUUAGACUUCAUUAUAUCUCCAGGAAACACACAGAGCCUCGGGAUUAGGAAAAGCCAUUUUGGAUUCUGCCUGCCACAAACACAUGUUCUAAACAGUGCACUAAAGCUUAGACUGUUCAAAUACUUUUAUUUUCUCUGACAACGACGUUUUAUGAUGGUGAACAAUUAAGACCAUUUAAAAUAAGGGAGUAUAAUAUUUUUGAAUUAGGUUAACUUGCAGAACCAGAUUUGCAGUGCUUGGCUUGAUUCUAGGUAGACUUUGGUAUCAAUUUAAAACCAGGAUACUUUUUUAUAUUCUUUCCAAUAGAAUUCAUGACAGCUUCUGCAGUUUUCUUAAACUACAAAGAAAUAAAAGUGCUGCAAUGAUGAACAAAGAAUUAUAAAAACCUACUUUUGUAUCUUUAUUUUGGAAUUUCUUGUCUAUUAUAAAUAUGGAAGUGCCCUAUUUCAGAAGACAUAUUUUGUUAAAAAUGAAUUGUACAUAUUUAAAUAUGUAUUUUUGCACAGGUCUUUUUUUCUGAUAUCCUGUUUUUGGUACAAUUGAGAUCAUCUAGUAUUUAUUUAUUAAUUAAUAAAAAUAAAUACCUUUUUAUAAUUUGAAGUGGUUCACUGCCAAGCCAGUAGUUUAGAACCUGCCUCCUGUACAGUUACGGGAUGCCUCUGCUGUGUGGGAGUUGUGUCCAUUUUAGUGUCUCCGGGGUGGGUGCAAGCAGAUGAAGUGGGCACGGCAUCUCUCAGUUGCCUGAUUUCCGAAUAGACUACAUGGAGCAAAGUGACACACUGCUUUUCUUUGUUUAGUUUUGUGUGUGUGUGUGUGUGUGUGUGUGUGUGUGUGUGUGUGUGUGUGUGAGAGAGAGAGAGAGAGAGAGAGAGAGAGAGAGAGAGAGAGAGAGCAUGCCGCUCUGAGCACACCUGUGUUAUUAGUAUGUGAUGUGGUUUAAAACUAAUGAGGAAACAAAACAAAACAAAACUGAAAGUGCCUGAACCUGGUUUAAGCUCAGACAGAUAUCUUUAAAGACUUGAAUGCUGAGUUGAACUUCUGGAGUUUGCUUUUUCCACCUAAAUAUUAUUUCUUAAAGUUUAAGGGGAGAAGUUAAAAGCCAGCAAGGCUGGUAAUUUUUAUAAGGUAUUUUAAAUUAAGACCUUUUUGGUUCACAGCAAUUUCACUGCAGUGGACUGCCCAGUGCCACCAAGGGUUAUAAACUGUUGUCACUCAUGUAAUACAGAGUUUAAGAUAGGAUAUUUAAAAUAUUUUGUAUUAAAAAAUACAAGAAGUACCUCGGAGAACAUUGAAAAAUGUUUAAUUUGAAAAAAAAUAUGUACCUUAUAAAGGCAGCUGUCUUCCUGUAAGAGUUCUGUUGCCAAGGGAUUUCUUAAUGUCUCCAUUCUGUCCUGGGUUGGGGAAAAGUUAGGCUUUGAAAAAUGAUUGUUAAAAGUUUCACUGUUUAAAAGAGAGUAAUCAUUUUUACAUCUUAAUGUAAGACAUUUUACCUUUUCAGAUCACUUAAAUGAGCACUACAUACUGUCAGUGUGAAUGCAGGGCCUUGAAAGAAUUUUUUUUUUUUUGAGCUUGGUUAUUAAAGCAAUCUCCUGUGUUAAAAUGUGUGAAUAGUUUGAUACAUGUGUACCCAUAAUCAAGAGCAUCUCAGCUGGACUUUGUGUUGGCUGCUGUAUAGAAAUGAACAAAUGUCAAGGGAUAGAAAAUUACUUUGGAUAUUUAAAAGAGAAGAAAUAUAUAGUCUAUUUGUUUUGUAACAAGUUUCUGUAAAUAAAAUAAUUUAUACUAUUUAUAAGAAAAGUUGUGUUUUGCUUUAUGAGAAAUUAGUUUGUUGAACAAACAUUGUUACUAAACGGGCAAUAAAACUAGGACUUUUCAAUAAAUAAGGUUGGCUGCACGAA